CACUGUCAUUUACCAGUGUGCAGCAAUCGCCGAGACGAAGAAGUCCACUCAAAGAUAGCAAAUAUGUUUAAUGAUCAGGACCUGGGAUUCUUUGCCAACUCUCUGGGCAUCAUUAUUCUCUUUCUGGUUAUCGGUUAUCAUUUUGUGAUGGCUGAUACCAAGUAUGAAGGCAAUUGAUAAUUUUUUUAAUAUAGCGCUGGAUAUGUAGCUGAAUCCGAUAACUUUUUUAUGGUGUUUAUGUUUUGAAUUUUUGAUGUGUAAUGUACUAAUGCAAGGAUUAAGCUGCUUGAAGCUCCCUCCAGUUAGACCUUGAGAAAUUGCAUGCUGAGAAAAAUUGAAGAUACAUUGAUUAUAUUGCAUAUGCAUGUAUGACAUAUGUUUUUAGGUUU